AGUGGGGGCACGGCAGUACAGCCCUUCUUGCUCUUUUCAGGAACCCAUCUUUUCCUCAUUCCCGUUUGGCUCUUUUCCGGAGAAAAAGUAAAGAGAGAAACUUGCCAUUCUCAGAUGCAUUUUUGAAAGGCUGCAAAAGAAAAUUGAGUGCCCUUAUUACAGAGAGUUAAAUAAUGGCGUGAGAGUUGAAUUCUGCAGCUCAGUGAUUCUGCAAAAAAUCACAGCUGCUGAUCAAGAUGAUUGAAAUUCUCACCAAAUGAACCAUUUUUGCUGUUCUGUUAUGAUUUGAUUUGGGAGCUUUGAAGCUGGGGAAAUAAGACUGUUUACCGGCUGGGAGUCUCUAGCUUGUGAUUUAUUCACUAGUUGCGAUUAGGCAGGUGCAGAGCUGCCAGAAUUAAAGCAAGGAUUUUUUUUUGUUGAUUCGCAAAAAAAAAUUAAUUAUAUUCUGGCCUGGAUUGAUUAUUUUAAUUUGUGGUACAAAGACCGGGAUUUCACUAGGUCAAAACCAGUUGUACUUUUGUUCAUUGCCGGAGUCAUGGCAUCCAUGCUCCGCUCCGAAUCAAGGAGGCUGUAUUCUUGGUGGUGGGACAGCCACAUCCCUAAGAACUCAAAAUGGCUUCAGGAAAAUCUCACUGAUAUGGAUGCUAAAAUUAAGGCAAUGAUCAAGCUGAUAGAAGAAGAUGCGGAUUCGUUUGCAAGAAGAGCCGAAAUGUAUUAUAAAAAGCGGCCCGAGCUGAUAAAACUGGUUGAGGAGUUCUAUCGCGCGUACCGUGCAUUGGCCGAAAGAUAUGAUUACGUGACAGGUGAGCUCCGGCAUGCACACAAAGCAAUGGCAGAGGUUAUUCCAAACCAAAUGCCUUUCCUUAUGGUCGACGAUUCACCUUCAAGCGCUUCAACACUUGAGGCAGAUCCUCACACUUCAGAAAUUCUGCCUCCAGCCCGCGCAUUGCCUGAAACGGAUGAUGACCUCCAAAAGAAUUUGUCAUCCUGGAAACAUGAUUUCAGGAUGGUUGGGAUUUAUCCUGGUGAAUUGGAUGCUGAAUCCAGUGAAAAGGGUUUGAAACAGUUGAAUGAGAUUAUCGGAGGACAAAAUGGUGCCUCAAAAAUUUCAAAGUUUUUGGAUGGAGGGUUAGUAAGAGGUCUUCCUGAUAUAGCAGAAUUUGAAGUUCAGAGCUUGAAGGAAGCACUUACUGAUAUAGAAGCGGAGAAGGAAUCUCUCCUCCUCCAGUAUAAGCAAUGCUUAGAAAAGUUAUCAGCUGCAGAGUCAAAGCUGGUUGAGGCACAGAAGGAUUCCGUGACUCUCAUUGAACAAGCAAGUAAUGCUGGAACUGAACUUCAGGCUUUGAAAGAAUCCCUUAGUAAGGUAAAGGCUGAAAGAGAUUCGGAACUGGAGAAAAGCAAGCAAUAUCUACUCACAAUAUCCAGUCUUGAGGGAAAGGUCUCUCAAGUACAGGAGAAUGUGAAAGACCAAAGUGAUCGAGCAUACGAAGCAGAAAGUGAAGCUCAAAGCCUAAGGAAUGAGAUCAGCAAACUGGAGUCUGAAAAUGAAUCUUGCCUUUGCCAGUACAGGCAAUGCCUGCAAAAGGUAUCUGAUCUGGAAAAGAAAAUCUUUUUUGCAGAGGAGCAUGUUAGACUGCUUGAGCAGCAAGCUGGCGAUGCCGAAGCUGAGAUUAAAAAGCUAAAGAAGGCUCUUAUGGAAUUAAAUGAAGAGAAGGAACUUUCUGAUUCUCAAUGUAAAGAAUGCCUAGAAAAAAUGUCCAAGAUUGAGAGUCAGCUUUAUAGUGCCCAGGAGGAAGUCAAGCAUCUAAAUGGUGAGAUUCUUAUCAAAGCAGAAAUGAUUAAAAAUGCUGAAGAUAAAUGCCAUGCAUUGGAGUUGUCAAACCAAUCGCUGCAUGAAGAUGCGGAAAAUUUCGCCAAGAUGAUUCUAAUGAAGGAUCAGGAGCUAUCAGAGAAGCUUAUUGAGCUGGAGAAACAUCAAAUGGAUUUACGACACGAAUGCCUAAGUCAUGCUCAAAUUGAAGCUUCUCUCCAGAUUUUGCAAAAUUUGCACUCUCAAUCUCAACUGGAGCAGAGAGCUCUGGCGUUGGAGCUGAAAAAUGGUCUUCAAGUGCUUAAGGACUUGGAAACAUGUAAGGGCAGUUUGGAAGAUGAACUCCAGCAGAUGAAAGUUGAAAAUCGCAGUUUGAAUGAGUUCAAAUUGUCUUCUACUACUACAAUACAAAAUCUUGAAAAUGAGAUCCUUAACUUGAGGAAGAUGAAAGAGAGGCUUGAAGUGGAAGUUGUGCAACAAAAUGAGAAAAGUAAUUCCCUUCUACAAGAGAUUACCGGUCUUAAGGAUGAAAUCUGUCGCCUGAACAAAAGUUACCAGGAAUUAGUUGAGCAGGUGAGGUCAGUUGGCCUCAACCCAGAGUGUUUUGGUUCCUCAAUACAGAGUUUGCAUGAAGAAAAUUCAAAGCUGAGAGAGAUCUUUGGGAAUAAUAGCACCGAGAGAGAAGAUCUUCACAGGAAGAUAGAGAGUAUGGAGGAACUGUUGAAGGACAAAGCUGUUCUUGAGUGCUCUGUUUCUGAAUUAAAUAGUGAGUUGCAGGAAUUGCAUGAGCAUGUGAAGGAACUGCAUGAAUCUUGCCACUCUCUUCAAAGCGAUAAAUCUGUUCUUGUUGUCGAAAAAGCUGCCUUACUGUCUCAGUUGCAAAUGGUAACUGAGAACAUGCAGAAACUCCUGGAGAAAAAUGCAGUUCUUGAAAACUCACUUUCUGGUGCAAAGGUUGAACUGGAAGGUUUCAGGGAAAAAUCAAAGGGCUUGGAGGAAAUUUGCCAGUUGUUGAAAGCUGAGAAGUCCAAUCUUCUGGCCGAAAGGGGCGUCCUAGCGCUUCAGUUGGAAAAUGUUGAACGGCGACUUAAAUAUCUUGAGAAAGGAUGUACUGGAUUGGAAGAAAGGCAUGCUUUGCUAGAGAGGGAAAAAGAAUUCAUGCACUCACAGGUAGAAGAACUACGAUUCUCUGUUCUUGCCGAAAAACAGGAACAUACAAGUCAUGCACUCCAGAGUGAGACACGAAUGGCUAGCCUGGAAAGCCAUGUUCAGAUGUUGCAAGAAGAAGGUAUGUGGAGAAAGAAAGAAUGUGAAGAAGAGCUUGAGAAACUACCGAGAGCCCAUUUUGAAAUUUUCAUUCUGCAGAAAUUCAUAAAGGAGAUGGAAGAGAAAAAUCGUUAUCUGAUGAAUGAAUGCCAGAAACACGUUGAAGCAUCAAAAUUGGCUGACGAACUGAUUUCUGAGCUAGAGAAUGAAAAUCUGGAGCAGCAGGUUGAAAUGGAACUCUUAUUACAUGAAAUUGGAAGGCUGAGAGUAGGGAUAUAUAAUGUUUUCAAGGCUCUGGAAACUAGCACUGGAUGUAUCCCUGAUGUCAAAAUUGAAAAUGAACAAUUCUUUUUGCAUCGCAUAUUUAGCAGCAUUGAGGGUUUGAAUUCUUCACUCGUAAAGUAUGAAGAUUACAAUCAACAACUUUGUGUGGAGAAUUCAGUUCUGCUCACUCUCCUGAAAGAAGUGAAAUUUGAUGGGAAUGAGUUGGAGCUGCAGAAGAGAUAUAUGGAACAGGAGUUUAGAAUCACAGAAGAAAAGCUUGUUAUGGUGCAAAAUGAAAAGUGCAAACUUCUGGAGAUGAACAAGCACUUAGAAACCGAACUGGUAAAGGGAAAUAAAGAGAGUGCAAUGCAUGAAGCUAAGAUGGAGAGUCUCAGUGUAAAACAUGUUGACUUGAAGAAAGCUUACCUUAAAUUAGAGGACGCGUACUCUCAAUUACUAGAACAAAAUAACUCUAUGACAGAAAAGAUUUUGAAGUUUGAGAAAGAAAAGUGGAAUAUAGAGCAGGAAAAUGAUGCAGCUCUGGUAGAGAUACUAGAUCUGCUUAAUCUUUCUACGAUUUUCAGGAGUAUCUGUCAUGAGAAAUCCAGAGAACUGACAUCAUUUAUUGCAGAGGUACACAAUCUGCAGGGUGUCGUCAGCGGCUUUGUAAAAGAGGUUGGUGUUUUGAGAGAAAAGCUGCAAAUGAAAGAAGCAGAAAACUCAAAUCUAGAUGACACUAUUCAGAAGAUGGAGAUGGAGCUCCAAGAAGUUAGAAAGUGUAAUUUUGGUAUGAAAAUGGAAGUUUUAAGCGAAAGAGAAAUUAUAAGGGAGAAGGAGGUAGAACUUCUGGAAAUAAAACAAAAACUUCAAGCCGCAGAUAUCUUGAACUCCGAAUUGCACAAUAAUGUAGAUGAACUGAAGCAUGCUUGUCAAGAAUCAGUUCAUGUCAAGAAAAAUCUUGAACGGCAGGUGCUUGAACUAUCUGUGGAUACUGAAAUUCAGAACAAGGAAAUUGAGUUCCUUAAAGAAGUGAAUGCAGACUUAGUGAGAAACAUGGACAAGCUACAUGCAGAGAUUAGCGAAAAAGAAAUUCGGGAAAAAAAUCUGAGUUCUGAGCUCCAAGAAAGAACCCAUGACUUUGAACUUUGGGAAGCAGAAGCAGCAUCAUUUUACUUUAAUCUCCAGAUUUCCUCCAUCCAUGAAGUUUUCCUCGGGCAUAAGAUUCGUGAGGUCUCUGAAGUAUGUGGAAGCCUAUUGGACCAAAAUACUUCAAAAAGUUUGGAGAUUGAAGAAAUGAAAGAAAGAAUGGGCUUGAUGGAGAAUGAGAUUGAAGAACUGAAAAUGCAAGUAAAUGCAUAUUCACCUGCAAUAGCUUCUCUCGAAGAUGACAUAGCAUCCCUUGAAAAUAGCACUUUGCCUCAGACAAAGCUGAUUGUAUUCGAUGUUGCCGAGACAAAGACUAUGGAAGAUAAGGUUCGUCCAAGUGAAAAUGGACCGAACAACCCAUUGGAAGAUAGCUCUGAGAAGCUGAUACCAAGUCAAUCUGCCACCACUAUUAAAGGAGUCAUGGAUUUGCAGCAGCUAGGAACGAGGAUUAAAGCUGUCGAAAAGGUGGUUGGUGAACAGAUGAAGAAGCCCGGGAUGAAGACCAAGACUGUUCAUAAUACUAUGAGGUCUGAAAUUGAGGCCUUACUGUCUCAGCACAGUAUGGACAGAGAAAUAUAUAAGCUCAGAGAUAGGGAGGGAAGUAGGGACGAGUAUUCGGAUAAUGUCAAAUUAACAAAGAGGAAGCCCAAACCUUUUGAAGUCAAGCAUGGAUCAACAACAAAAGACAUCCCACUUGAUCAUGGGUCAGAUUGCUCGCCGCAAAAAAAUCGCAGGAGAGGUGCUACUGCAUCAUCAUACCGGAUAGAUGAUCAGAUGCUUGAGUUAUGGGAAACUGCAGCAGGCUGCAGUCCCAUUCAAACAGUGAGAGGGUUGAAGACUCAUCGGCAGGGUCAUGAACCCAGAGAGGGGAAUGCCAUCUACAAUCACCUAAGUGCAGAGUGGAAGAACAGACACCCACCAACAGACAUGGAAGUGAAGGAGCUGGGGGUUGAUAAAUUAGAGCUACCCAUGACUGUUUCCCGGCCAGAUCAAGGGAUGAACGACAGAAGGAUUCUGGAGAGGCUUACUUCUGAUGCAGAAAAGCUGACGGGUAUUCAGGUGACAGUUGAUAACAUGAGGAGGAGACUGGAGACAACUAAAAGGAGCAGAAAAUCCAAAAACGUGGAUUACGAUACGGUGAAGGAGCAGUUACAAGAAGUUGAGGAAAGUGUUGUCCAGUUAGUGAACCUGAACAGUCAGUUGGUCGAAAAUGCCAAAGAAGGUUCCUUUGGAGAUGCAAAGGAGGUCUCAAAUGUGUGGCAUAAGAGAGUCACCGAGCAGGCUAAGAAAGGGUCGGAGAAGAUCGGACGAUUGGAGAUGGAGGUCCAGAAAAUCCAGUAUGUGUUGAUGAAACUGGAGGAAGAGAAGAAAGGCAAAGCCAGAAGCCGAUUUUCCAAGAGGAAAACUGGCAUUGUUCUCAAGGACUUCAUUUACAUUGGCAGGAGAGACAGCGAAAAGAGGAAGAAAGAGGCUCAUCUCUGUGGUUGUUUUCGACCUUCUUCACGCAGUGGCAGCGUAAGCCACAUAUGAUUCCCUUGUAAGUCCAUGUAACUGUUAAGUGUUUUUUUGAAUGACAGUCCUAAGCACCAAUAUUGUCUACUUCUAAUAAACAUAGGUUUUGACAGUCUUUUUCCCUUGCAAUUUCUUGUUCGUUUCUUUUGGAACUUGAAAUAUGUUAGAGAAAUUAAAAAUGUGAAAGAAACUAGGAGUUGAAAAAACUGGAAGAAAUUUAAAGAAAUUGG